GAAGACAGUAUAUUUUUUUGUAAAGAAAAAAAAUAUUUCAAUUAACUUUACUUCGCUUAAUAUGCUAGACCAUUGUAAGAUGUAUGUGCGAGGAUUGACAAGGUUAAGCGUUCUUAUUCAAAUUUUUGAGAUUUCAAUUAUCGCAUUAUUUAUCUAAGGUGCUCAUAUUUUCAGGUAAAUUAAUUUUAAAUUGUUAUGAUAUUGCGAAAAUAUGAUAUGGGACGAGCUUGAUAUUAUGGAUAUUUUGUUUGGCGAAUUUUGAAAUUUUGAAUUAUAAUAAAAUCACGGGAAAAAACGUGUGUUACUUUUAAAAGUAUCGGAGUAAAGAAUACGUAAAAUAAACAUUGUUGUAAUGCGAUAACAAAUGAAGAUGUGGAUAGAACUGCACAUUUUGGAUAUAUUUGAACUUAAAUGAUUCGAAGUAUGACAAACACACACAUUAUUUCGGUCUGGGUUUUGUUCUUCUAUAAAGUUUAUAGUGAGACAUGUAACGAUGAUCCGAACUUUACACGAGACGGAAAGUCAUGUGACAAUCUGGUCCAAUCGUCUACGAGAAAAGAAUGUUACGAACCGGAAGUAGAAUCUGCUUGCUGUCAUUCUUGCACACAAGUUCGUUUAGAUGCUCCAGGUUGUUUAUAUGGAGAUCGUGAGGUGUGUAUAAAGUUUUUGUGUGACCAAUAUACAGAUGCCGAGGUCACGUGCUGUGAGACAUGCGGAACUUUACCUUUGACAUCUACAACUGAUCAACCUGUAACAUCAGUUUCUACAACGUCUACAAAUUCAUCAACCCUUUCCACGACGUCAGUGACUUCUUCAACGUUUAAAAUUACAAGUGAGCUUUUAAGGAGUUCAACACAGCUAGAAAUCAUAUUAUCUAACGGCUUAACAACCGAGCCAAACAUAACAACAACUAGUGCUAAAUUAACUUCUGACAAUACGCCAACCAGUGACAUAACAGCUAGUGUUUUGCCGGACAAUGUUGCAACAACUUCCGCUACAAUUGCACAAGAAACUACAAACGCUGCUUCAACUUCCGGUGUAACAAAUAUUACAAAAACUUCUGAAACAACGACAAGCAGUAAAAUAACAUCCCAACCAUCGGAACUUACCACCCCUCCCAACACAACCAUUGCCGUGACAACGUCUACCAUAUCGUCUACUCCUUUAACAAGUAAAAUGACAACAGCAGCAACAACAACAACAACAACAACAGAACCUUCUGUAGGGACAACUACUAGUGUAACUGCAUCCACGUCAACCACCACAACACGUGCAACAAGUGAGAAACCUACAAGCGGAAAAUCCACAGAAACAAUAACUAACACUGUCAGUCUAGAGACAACGCCUUUAACAACGCCUUUAACGACAAAGUCAUCUACCACAACAGAAACAACAACAAAAAGUAGAAGUACAACUACAGUAACAAAAGAUAUUGAAACAACAGACUCGCAGCCAUCUUCAUCCGUACAAACAUCUGUUGUUGGUGGAGAUCAGUCUAGUACAGCAAUAGCGUCAACAAUUGCAACUGAUACUUCAUCAACUUCCGUUGUGACUGUACCAACUUCCGUUGUGGUGACUGAACCAACUUCCACAUCUGCAAUAGAAACCACUACCUCAUCCCCUACAACUACCUCAAUGUCUACUUCCCCUACAACAGUAUUCGUUACGACCAAUGUCGUCCCAGUUUCUUCCGUAUCCGGUUCCACUAUAUCUACUUCCGGUUUUACAGAUUCAACUUCUAUAUCGACAACAACAAAACUUACUACAACUUCUACUAGUCCUAUUACAACUGAAACUAUAACAACCAAAACAUCCACGACAAGCCCUGAUACAACAGUUUUAACGUCUGCAGACAUGCCUCUAACAAGUUCAACAACUGCAGCCAAAACUUUGAAAACUGUGUCUACUUUAGCUUCAACUACAUCCAGUUCAACUUCUACAUUUUCAACUAAAAUUAUGUCUCCAACAAGCACUGCAAAUCCAGUUACAACAACUUUAUCAUCUUCAAGUGCACUUUCUUCAAUGGCAACAAAGCAAAACACUAAAACACCCCGUAUAACAGUUACAACACCAACACCGGAUGUUGCAACUAAUUCUACAACUACUACAGCUUUUCCAGAAAACGGAAGUGGUGAAACACAUUUGUCACUUAUUAUAUCAUCAACAAUGUCUAGUCUUAUAUUUGCAUUGGUGUUGCUUACUUUAUGUGCCUGGUUGAUGUCGAAUUCGAGGAAGAAACGUCGAGGAUUCCGACGUCGUCGGCGACGACCACCGGAUAUUGAGUCACUGCCGGAAGCUCUCCCGUCGUCCUCCGUCUUGCCUCGUGUCAGAGUUCCGGAAGCUGCGUCAGAAAGGUCGUCUGCUAUUGAACCGUGCAUUAAUCUACGAACAAUGAAUCCAAAUUCUCCGUAUUGGUUUGACGAUACAUCGAGACAGAUUUUUAAGGAAGAAAUUCUUCCAUUUAGAGCCAAUGACUGGAACAGGCCUUACUUUUCAACAAUUGGAUUACGGGCGGCAUAUGGUCGGGCACAUGACUGUUAUCACUCCGCGUUAGGACUCACAUCACACAGAGUAUGGGUCAAAUAAUUUAAAGAAUACUACCUUAAAAGAAGCCAUUUGGUCCCAUGUUCACAAAGAAUGAAGAAUGAGAAUCAGGGUCAGAAUUCACAUAUAAAAUUUUAACUGUUUCAAAUGUUGAUGAUAACGAUAUGCGUUUUAAAUAACAUAUUCAUGUACAAUUGAUAGAUAUUUAGUAGACUUGGAGUAAUAAGAGGCAUCAAAAACAGGGAUAUAAUUGACAAGUUAUAUAUAUACCUAGUGAUAUUUAAUGAAAAAAAUAUUGUUAAGUUUUAAGAAAAUAUACUUUGAAGA